AUGAAGCGACAACUUGUGAUCCUUACCGGCUCCCAUUCAGUUGAUUCAGAAGAUCGUCUGAACUUGACCAGCUGGGUGCUUGAUCAUAGACAUGUUUUUCUCGGUAAACAGAUAAAGGUAAAGUUUUUGCGCUCCAAUCAAAGACAGUCAGUCUCGUGACGUCAUUUUCAUCUCGUCCUCCCUCCAAUGGGACCCUGGGAUAGUCUACAGCUGGUUUGAAAGGAGUUUGUGAUUUAGCCUAAAACCAGCUAUGUACCGUGAAUUCCCCUUCUUUAGCGGAAAAUCGUAUGAACGGUUGUUUUCAUCAUAAGUGGAGAAAAUUUGUAAAGAGUUUUGAGUCGCAAGUCCUCAAUUUAGAGAGACUUCCCCUCUUUCCUGCACUGAAUGCCAGCACGCACAGUUGAGGUAAGCUGUCUCAUGUUGCGCACAUCGCUGAAUUGUGUUUUUCUUGUGGCUGUAAAUGUUUAGUUCGCCGUCAUCAACCGAUGGCGAGAAACACAGACUGUUCCUGCAGAAACUAUCGAUCCCAACGCUUCUUUGUUCGAAUACAGUGUACCGUACGGCGUGGUUUGGACAAGCUUUCGGAGUGGCUAUUUUCACAGAACGAGUGAGCCAACACUUAACGAAAGCGGCAAAGAUCCCCCUAAAAAUUCCUCUUUUCUAAGCUAAUAAAUUCAGAAGGAAUGAGACUCAGCGCUAGCCAUGGAUGUGGUCUAAAAAAAACUGCCCAUAUGCUCCUUUAGGCGUGAGUAUCAGAGAAAACCGUGAUCUUAGCACAUAAGGAGACAAACACAAGACGAUUGCUUGUACUCUACUAUGGCGUCAUUAGUACCCCGGGUGUUUUUACGAAGAGGUUAAAAGUUAGCGGUCGUGUCAUAUUACUCAUUCAAAUCUUUGUAUGCUCAUUCUUGUUUACCAGUGACCUUCCUAGUGUCUUCAUUUGUGGUCGGUAAUCUUUCUUAAAUUGAUCACCACUGUCGGCAUCUUGAAAUCGAACCAUCUCAGGUGUACGUAGUUAAUUCAAACGAAGCAAUGCGCACUAUUACUGAAAAUGGAUUUGUCACUAGAAACCCCGCGAACAUACUCAGAAAAGCAUUUCCAUCCGCCAUUAUUGAUUAUUGCAUUAGUGUUGUAAUAAAAAGGCAGAGAACCCGGCGAAAUUGGGUAGGUAGCCAUCAGAGAACGAGAAAUGUUGAUCAAACGUUGGUGUUGAGGUGAGGUAAGACUCGAGAUACCCCGAGAAGUGGCUGAAAUCUGUCAAAGAAUUAUAACCAUCCAGUAAGAAAGUCUUCUUACUGUCCUAAAAACUGAUUAUGGUUAGAGGAAUCAAAACAGGGUUUUUUGUAACAAAUCUGAGCCUUGUUAGGAGGAAGAAAAAACUAACCAAUCAUAGUGCCAAUUCUCAGGCCAUUUGAUAGCUAUGACUCCAUACAGACAAUAAACAGUGUGGUUACUCCGGUUCUGUUUUCUCCACUUUGAUUUUCACUGAAUCGCAUGGGGCAGUGCCUCUGAUGAUGAUUCCUGCUACAACCUGGGUGAAAAUCAAUAUUUCCCAGUGUGUAAUAUAAAUUAUUCCUAUAAUAUUAAGGUAAUAUGAAUAUUUUAUUGAAUAUGAAUUAUUAGUGUGAAUUAUUCCUAUAAAAAGGAAACUAGGCAUAGUGUAUGAGACAAAUUUUGCUGGAAAUUUUCCCUCUUAUUGAAAUAAAUCAGCUUAAACUUCAAUAAUAAUUAAUUGAAGUGUAGUCAGUUGCUAUUAUUUUAUAAAUGUUUUGAAUGUGACAUCAUAGACCAGCCAAUUGCACCUUCCCAAGGGCAAUUUCAGAAGACAUCUGUUUUCCUGUAGAUCUUGAGACUUAAAUAAUAAUAUGCUUAAUAUGCUUUUUGUUUUCUCAUAGAUAUCAAUGGCCAUGCGAAAGAGUGAUUUUGUCAAAAGAAAACGCAGUCCACAGGUGAUAUUUAAUUUAAAUUCUACAACAUUCAUAUGUUAUAUUUAAUUAUAAAUGGUAAAGAAUUGUAAGGCACGUUAAUAUAAGCACUAAAAACUGGGGACCAACAGUCAUGCCUGUACUUGUAAAUAAGAAACUAGCCCUUAAGUUGUUGCUGGAUUAGCCAUAGUAGUUAACUAUUAACAGCUGUAAAACUCACACAGGCAGAUAUUGGAAACUGUUCCUGCAAAUACAGCCAAAAAUGGUGAAUUGGUAGUAUCAUAAUCAAUCAAGUUUUAGAGUUUACUUGAUGGUCUUUGAUAUUAAUUCUUUUGAUCAAUGUUUUUGCAUUUUUUUUUUUGUAAGCAGAAGGAUGCAGAUGGCUCCAGCAGUAGUAGCAAUGAUGAGGAGGAAUUGAAGGCUGCAUUUUCAAGACCAAAGAGUUCCCCAAAAGGGAAGAAGUUCAGGGAAAGAACCAGUCCCUGUACAUCUGACUCUGAUGAAAAGGUUGUUAUGGGUGAAUCUUCUGAUAAGAGCUCCAGCUUCGGAAAAGAUCAUGGUAAUGUGCAAGCAGCUACAAGUAAGGUAAUUGUGUAAGAGUGGUAUUUGAUAUUAUUGUCAUCAUGCUUGACCAAAUAACAGUUGGUGUCAACUUGAUACAAGGCAUACUGGCCAGCAAUAGUUCUGUAAUUACACGUAGCUGUUCAAAGCAGCGUCAUCACCUUGCUGGAGGUGUAUGUUUAGAAUUUACAGCCACCCUUUAACUACCAGAAAUGAUUAACAUUAUAAAGUAAACAGGUCACGAGAAUACUCAUACUUAUCAGGUAGAAGUAACUGAUCUACAUGUUACUCCAAAUUCUUAUGAAGUAUCUUGAGCAUAAACACAACACAAUGACCCUGCCAGGUAGUGAAUUUAGAUUUUUUGACUUGGAGUUGGGAAUGCCAAAUUUUAGGCCACAGCAUUGGCAAUAGGAAAAAAGUGAUCUUUACUUGUGAUAUCUCUUCACAGGUUGAGGUUCAGCCAUCGUCUCUUAAGGACGGUGAUGCAGAAUCACUGAAUUCAAAGCAACAGGAAGAGCAAGCUGAGAAUAUACUGAAGACAGAGAAGUCCUGCUCUGGUGUGUUUUAUUCUUUAUUACUAAGAUGUGUAAAAAAUGGUAAUUUACCCCUUUACAGCCUAACACUUACAAGUAUUUUUAUUCACCAUGUACUGUUCUCUUCACUUUAUAAAUUGGUGAUCAUUUCCUUUAGUCUCAUGCUGGAAAUUAGAUGCUAGUCAUUUCUAGGGUUAAAGGGUUACUGAUAAUUUUGAAGUCAAAAUAUUUUCAGAACCUUGUGGGUUGCUGAUAACACAGUCUUAUUCAAUUUAUUUAUUUCUUUACCCUCAGAUAAGCAACUAGUGACAUCAAUUGAAAAUAAGAUGAACAUUUUAAACGCAAAAAAAGGUAUUAAAUAAUUUUAUAUCUACAUUUGUGGUAUUAAAAUUGUAAUUACCUAGUAUAACUAUCACUGAUUGAAAGCACUGUGGUCAGGAGAUGAAUGAUAUGGCUUCAUUAUUAGUGCACAUGUAUGUCAUCUUAUGAGACUUUUUUUAAUAACUUCAUUGACUUACAGAAUAUCUUUGUUACACAGAUAAACCCAAGAAAAACAUGUAUUUGUUUGACUUUUUGGGAGGUUAGUCCAAAAUUAGCUAAUGAGUGAUUGAUAUAAGUGAUAAUGUGUGUACUGCAAAGGUGCAAUCCAUUUGUCAUUGUGUUAGUGAGCUGCUUUUGUAAAGGAUGUUGUAACCUUUAAGUUAAGUCUCAUUAACAUACCAUCUUCAACAGAGAAGGUGUCCCUUACAAUAUGUAUACCUUUGAUGUGUCUACCCAGUGAAUCCUUUGUAAACCCUCUAAAUGACAUAUUUUUCCUCUUUUUAUUUACCAUAACUCAUGGAAAUCUACCAUUAAAGAGAGAGAAAGUUCAUUUGCUUUUGUAUUAAUCUUUUAAUUUUCAUAACUGAUCAACAUUCAACUUCUCCCCAGAAUCUUAGCAAGGUAUCCUUCAAAUAGGUGAUGACAAAAGACAUGAUUAUCAGCUUGAGGGUGUCAGUUUGAUGGAACACCAAAUUCCUCUGUCUAAUUUACGCUGGAAUUCACAGAAUUUAGUAGGGAGAAUGUCUGAUCAGAUAAGAUUUUGGGAGUUGAAGGCUGAAAAGCUCACACUUUUUUUUGGCAGAUGAAGUCAGCAAUGAUGAAUCACAGGCUCUCCAAGCUCUGAGUAACUAUUGGGUUACACAGAUUGCCAGAAACAAAGACAUAUUGAAAAGAGCCCCACCUAAAAACCAGCAGGAGGAAGACUUUUACAACAAGUACUGUGAUAAGGAAGGCAAGCUGUCUAUCACUGCUGCUACCCAUCUCAUGAGGUACAGUGUAUAUAGGGUGAACAGAGGCUUGACUCCAUUAAAACUUGUUCUUCAGAUGGUUUUUUUUUAUGUUCCACCCUUAAGAUACAAGAGUACUUCCAACCAACCAAGUGGGAGGGCUGCACCAGUUAAUAUUGGCCAAUCAAACCUCUUGGAUUUUCCUCAUGACUACCUUGCCAUGUGAUAAUUACUCAUAUUUAUUAGCCAUUGGUCUGUGUGCAUGCAAGGAAAAAGGGUAUUAUCAAUCGAAGUAUUAUUUUUAAGCAAAUUUAUAAAGUACAUAAACAAUGGUGCAAAUAUUCUUACCAUAAAAUCCCCUGAUGAGUGAGCAAUCACGAAACAGGCUUGUAGGGAUGAAAGUAUAAUUAUGGUCUCUUUUUUUUUUUUCUUUUUUUUUCACAACAUUUCAUGCUCUACUCACUAUUGUCACUGUAAAUAUAAAAUCAUGCUCUACUCCUACAUAUUGAUCACUGUAAAUGGAAAAAUAUAUAUAUAUAUAUAUAUAUGUAUAUAUAUAUAUAUAUAUAUAUAUAUAUAAUACAGUAGACCACAGAUGGUAUGAAACUGAAAACAGGGAGAGAACAACAAAUUGGGCACACAAGGGGAAGCUGAAUUGAGUCACUGAUGUUCCUAGCACAUCUGGAUGUUUUCUACUGUCUUUUAGUGUACAGAAGCAUGCAACAUGGAAUGUACUUUUUUUUUACAUCAAUUAUGUCAACUACAAUAUCAAUACAAUCUAAAGCAUACAUGUGAGAAGGAUUAAGUAAAAAUAUUAAUUAGGGGAUUAUUAGCUGAUCCAAUACCAAAUUCUCCAAACUAAUAUCAUAAGAAUUUUAUGGUGGAGAUAAGGAGAAUUACUAACAAGGUAUCAGGAGUAAAAAGGUUAAAUUGUGUGUGAAGGUGUUUCCUAUGCAACUUCUUGAAAGUACUUGUGUCUGCUUACUUGAUGAGGGCUAUCCAGGGAAGCUUUUGGAAGUCUUUAAGGUGUCAGGAACCCAGUUAAUAAUUAAGUAAAUUUUAUACGUAGCUGCUGUAUUAGCCAUCAAAUGUAAUAAUUCUUCCAAGGCUAAAGCUCUAUUUUCUUAUUGUUAGCCUUCCUUAUGUGAUCACAGUGUGCCUGAAAAACAAUGCCCAGAUUGAGGUGGUUGUCUCUAAUCGAGAGAAGGCCUUGCAGGAGUCUGAAGAGCUGCAACAGAGCUACUUUGAAGUGGUUGAAGCCAUGGCAAUGCACUUAAUGUAAGACCUCAAAACUAAAAGUAGCAAGAGGUAAGAUUGAGCUAACUUGUAAAAUAAUUUGUAAAUGUGCCAGCUGCAUUCUUAAGGUAGGGGAAUUGGGAUGGAAGGAGUAGAGCACUGGCAGGUUGUUGCCUUCUUGUGAGAAACGUUAAUUUACAUUUUUAAGCAUCAUCACCAUAUAUUUUCACUACACUCUCCCUCUUCCAAAGAUAGGUAACACCAAAUAAUUUGGUUUUAUCCAUUGAGUGAAUAAUGUAAAUUGGCCACUGCAUGGAGUUCCAAAAGCUGAUGUUUCAAGUGUUGGCCUUUGGACAUUUACUGUGAUGUUGGGUUGACACUUGAAACAUCAGCUUUGAAACUCCUUGCGGUAGCCAAUUUACACUAUCAACUCAGUUGAUAAAACUAAAUUAUCUUGUUAUUCCCCUCACCAAUGAAGCACCACAGUUUCUUUAGAAACUUCCCCCUUUUUUAUAGUUUACAACUAAUUUUAAGACCAUUUUGGCCUGACGUUAAAAAAAAGUUGCAACACUUAAGUUACCAUACCAAUCUGGAAGAACAGUUACAAGUAAAAAGAGUAUCACACCAUGGGACAAAUGGCAACUUUUGGUGAUGAUGUAUCUUUUGGGAUGAUGAUGUAUUAGGGUUGGGGGGGGCAUUUGAAUUUAUAACUAGCCCAAUGAUCACUGUACUGAAAUCAGCCUAUGGCCAAUGACAAACAAACCAUGGGUUGGUCAGCCAAUAAUUGUGCAAGGAAAACUGUGGGUGUAUGAUAAGUAAUUUAAACACCUGGCCAGAUCAAUGUGUUGUGUUCGCGAGCAAAACACUUCACUCUUACAGUGCUUCUCUCCACUCAGGAUUAUAAAUGGGUAAAAGUGAAUUGUCAGGGAAGCCUGAUGAAACACUGGGGGUAACCUUGCAAUAGGCUCAAAUAUGGACUUGACCUUAUGUAGACUUUUUUAAUGUUUAUUUUGGUUUUUUUUCUUUUUCAGACCAAGGAGAGGUGAAAUUUGUAAUUUCACUCUUGGUGCAAGAGUAAACUACUUUUUGUGGUAACAAUAGGUUAAAGUUUAUGAAGUAAUAUUCGUUAGUUAAUGUCCUAUGACUUAAAAAAAAUGUUUGAGAAACCUUUGAUAUGUUAGACAUGUGCAUAGUGUAGACUUUUAGUAAAUCAAGUUUACAAAGCGUGAAAACAUUACGUAAAGAUGUGAAUGGUGUUUGUUUUUAGACAUGUGCAUAAUGUAGACUUUUAGUAAAUGAUGUUUACAAAGUGUGAAAACAUUGUGUAAAGAUGUGAAUGGUGCUUGUUUUAGGCUGACACUGAUUUAAUUUGGAAUUAGUUGCUUUUUGUACUUUUUUUUACUUACAAUGUGAGAUACAUGUUCCAAAGCAUCGUGUAACGGAAAGAUGAACAAGAGGGGUUGUACAAGAA